UAGCAAGCGUGUAGCGUGCAAGGCUGGCGUGUAAGUCACGUGUAGAGUCCACACGUGUUGUGUAUCGUCGUAUCGUUGGUAUCGCAUCGUAGCCAACGUGUCAGUUACCGUCAGUGACCUAGUAGCACCAGUGGUUGCAGCAUUGCAGCGUAGUGCCGCCCGAACCGUGGAAGGUAAACACGAUAUGACAGUCACGUAAUAGGCGCGAUACGACAACGUACGGCAGCACGAGACAAUCCGGUAUAGAUGGCUUUUCAGAAACACAACGCGCACUUUCUUGCGUGGUCGUUGAACGGGUUGGCUAGGCUUACAAAUGUUCGAAGCAGCAGCGCUAUGACACUCGACGUGACGUUCUUCAGCGAAGACCGGAAGAAAGCCUGCAUGGAUUCUUUAAUGAGAUCGUCGGAAGAACUCAGUCGCAUGUUCCGUAACGUUCCUACGACGCUGUCGGCCGCCGUGUUGGUUCCGUUCUGCUUCAACCGCUGUGGUGAGCCCGCCGUGCUGCUGACAUUAAGGUCACGGAGCCUCUCCAGACACGCCGGACUUAUUAGCUUUCCCGGAGGCAUCGCCGACGAAUGCGACACGUCGGCCGCGGAAACGGCACUUCGAGAAACCGAAGAAGAGCUGGGGAUACCGGCUGCAAACGUUGACGUGUGGGGCUCUCUGCACCCGCUCCCUUCUAUGGGUUCCACAAUUUCGGUCACACCCGUCGUCGGGUUUGCGAAGCCCUCAACGCCCAUGUCGCUGAUUGACGAACUCACGGUGAACGAAGACGAAGUGGAGAAAGUGUUUAUGCCAACUUUACUAAGCUUGUGCGACCCGCGCGGUUGGGAGUACACAUACUUGAAGUACCCCGGUGUACCGGACCAUGCGUCGCCAGUUUUUGCCCUCAACGGUGAUGAAAAAAUUUGGGGACUAACUGCUAGGAUAUUGCAUCUGUGUAUGGCCUGUAUUUUACCAGAACUGUACUGCAGAAAUUACCCAGGGAACCUGCUAAACGUGACUGAUAACGGCAGUAAGCUGUAAAUACGUUCUUACUGAUGUGCACGGCACGGCUUUCGUAUUAUGUCUAGACGUCAGCCAAAACUUUGUGCCCCGCGGUCAACAACUCUACAAACAACGAAACUGAAGCGCAAGUCGGACACUUCCGGACAUACUGCGCAUAUCGCGCUCACAAACGUAGCACCAGAAGCAAGCGCAAAAGCGAAAGCAGAUGCGAGAGUCAAUAAAGGCAUCGCCACAGUUUCGUACACAAGCGUAGAGUUUUUCGCUACACGUGUAGAACGUACUCAUUAGCAAUAAACUCCUAUUUUAAAGCUUA